AUGCCAGGCCAAUGUCAUGUCUUGCACCCGUUCCGCCGCUAUGAUUGUGGCGCAACUGGUCAAACUAUCGCCUCCGGCGUCAUUCUCUUGACGCGAACCGAGCUGAUGGAACGCCGACUAUCCGUCCGCCAACUACCGGCUAGCAGACCCGCUAAAUACGGUCUGAUGUUGGGAAGCCUUCACUCUGGCAUGACGGGCGACCGACACGAUGCCAUCCAGCGCACCAAACCUGCAGCCCACUCACCGCGCACGCCUACGGAUAAAUUACCUACCUAUUCAUCCCAUCUGCACGCAACCCAGCACUCUGUCAUAGCCCAGCAGGCACUAGGCCUGGCGUUCUUAACCAACCAAGGUACGGUUUCCAACAGAUCUACGAUGAUCAGACGUGGGCAAGUACUGCUCCUCAGUGGGUUUAAGCAUACCCUGCAGCGCGCGCGUGCGAAACAGAACACCCGCCCGUGCCGCCUUCUCCCCCUCACCAAGAGAGUCUCAUCCUCUGGGCAUGGUUUGAUCACGGUCGACAAUGACGAACUCGAAGCAGCCGCGCAUCCUCCACUACUGGCGGUGCAAACAUUCCUGCAAACCAAUUCCUACCAGUGCGAGACGUGA